UAUUUGAAAAGCUCGUCUUUUACUCUUUUUCAUUCCCGCGUCUCCUCCAAACAAAGCAGAAAUGGCGUUCUCUUCCCCCUCCAUUCACAUUGUUCCAUUUCUAAUUCAAUCCAGAAUGCUUCCAUCCAUACCCACUUCACUGCUCCAGGGUAAUAUCUCCAAACCCGUUCGGUUCCGUUUGUCUUCUCUCAGAUUCUCUCAGUCCAGAAGACUAAAAUGCUUUUCUCAGAGACAGUCCACAGAAGAAUCUGAGAGGCUGUUUUCAAACCUAAACCAAGUAACUCUGAAGAGGGAGCCAGGAAGCCUUUCCAGUGCAAUUUUUCUGGUUGCUGGAACUACGGUCGGAGCAGGUAUCCUUGCUAUUCCUGCAGUGACUCAAGAAGCUGGAUUUCUGGCCUCUGCAGUCACAUGUGUUCUAUGUUGGAUGUAUAUGGUUGUGACUGGAUUGCUUGUAGCUGAAGUGAAUGUGAAUACUAUGUGCGAACUAGGUUCUGGUGGUGUCUCAUUGGUGUCAAUGGCCAUGAGGACUCUUGGCAAAGUUGGAGUUCAGAUUGCAUGCUGGUCAUAUAUUUUCAUACACUAUGCGCUCCUUGUUGCUUAUGUGGCUCGAUCUUCAGAUAUUUUGACAAAUUUCCUCAGCAUUCCUUUAUGGGAAAGUGCUACCUUGUUUUCUUUGAUUUUGGGAUGUAUAUGCUACUUCGGAAGCCAGCGGUUUAUUGGUGCUGUUAAUGGGAUUCUAGUAUCUGGCAUUAUUAUUUCUUUCACAGCUCUUGUGGUAGUUGCUAGUGGAGACUUGAAAUGGAACACUCUUCUCCGAGCCAAUUUUGAAGCUGUUCCACUAAGUAUUCCCAUAAUAGCACUCUCAUUUGUUUACCAGAAUGUUGUUCCAGUUCUUUGUACCGAUCUUGAGGGGGACCUGUCAAAAGUAAGGACUGCUAUUGUUCUAGGCACAGCUGUUCCUCUUGUUCUGUUUCUUGUUUGGGAUGCUGUGACUCUUGGCACCAUUCCUACUCUUGAAACAGGCAGCGAUAAGAUUUUGGACCCUUUGGAACAAUUGCGAUCUAGCAGUGGAGUUGUUGGACCAAUAAUUGAAGUGUUCUCAUUCCUUGCAAUUGCGACCUCAUACAUUGGAUUUACUCUGGGUCUUUCUGACUUCCUCGCUGACUUGCUGAAAUUGCCCAGUGGUCAGAGCAAGCCUCUUCUGUACUUAUUGACUUUGCUUCCACCAUUAAUCUUGUCAUUGCUUUACCCGGAGAUAUUUUUCAAGGCUUUGGAUUUUGCAGGGACAUAUGGAGUGUUGGUGUUAUUUGGAAUUUUCCCAGCUGCCAUGGCAUGGUCAGAUAGGUACUCAGAAUCAUCCCCGUCUCCAAAACUGCCCACACUUGUCCCUGGAGGAAGAGUCACCCUCUCUGUUGUGAUCGUGGGCGCAGGAUUUGUCAUUCUUUCAGAAAUUCUAAAGAAUUUUGGGCACCUACAGAUUUAAAACUGAAUGUGAUAUUGUGGUGGAUUAGAAGAGCUUCAAAAAGCAUGCCGGCCAUUCUCAUUCAUUGAUGAGAAGCAGUUCUUUUACCAGGG